CUAUAUCGCCUAUUUGUCGAUACUUAUAUGAAAAGUUUGACACAAUUUCUUUUAAUUUAAGAAGAAAUAAUAUAUAUUUGUUAAAUUUAUAUAUAAAUAUAUUUUACUGUUUUUUGAAACCUUAUUUGAUCUACUUUGGAGACAAACGAAGAACUUAUUUUGUGUUCUCUAAAUUGCUUGCUAACAAGCUAGCAAAGCUCUCAGGAUGACUUCCACUUGCAAUACAGACGUUUUUGGACAGCUCAGCCAGUUUUGGUCCAUGCUGGACGACCUUAGUGAGAAUGAUCCUGCAGCUUACCGCAAACUAACGGAGGAUCUGCAGACAGGAGGUAAACACAGAGUGCAGCCAGCGCUCCACUCCACUGUGUGCACCCAAACACUGGAGCCACAAACUGGCUUGCUGUACAUUAAUAUAUGCAGCUGGAAUAGUGUGCCUGAGCCUCAGGAUCCAAACGGUCCACUCCCGAUGUGUGCAGGAACACUGGAAACCGGCACCAAAGAAGGUCGGGGUUGGUAUGCCGUGCUGGAUGUGGCAUUUAAUCCGGCAGCACUACGGGGGACAAAGGAGGUACCAGACAUUAACAAGGUGUAUUCCGUGGCCCUGAGCUUUGCCCAGCAGCGGCAUGGAAUGCGGUUAUCUCAGGAGUACACUGUUGUCAGCUGCAGCCCCAAGAGUCGCUCAGAUGACUUGCACCGUCGACUGGGCUCACCAAUGCAGUCCAACAGCCCCAAACAGCCAGAAACAGCCAGCCUGACUCCAGCUGCCCUCCUUAAGCAGAUCUCCUCUCUCCAAUCAGAGAAGCGUGACGAGAACUCCACAGCCCAAAUUAUUUUCGGAUCUGAGCAGCGCAAAAAAAAGGCUCUGAUCCAAGUAGUGUCCUCCACUUUAGUGGAGCCCGAGAGGCCCGAGUACCACCUUCAGGUGAAGAGCGAUGCAGCAGGAGUUCCUCGCAGCGUGGAGCUGACCGUGGAGCUGCCAAAGGUGCGCUCCGUGUCGGAGUGCCAGCUGAGCGUGUCUGAGGAGGAUGUCCUUCUGCAAGUGGAGGAUGUGUAUUAUUUGCUUCUGGAUUUGCCGGAGAAGGCAAACGGAGACACGGCUUCUGCAAUCUUCAACAAGAAGACGAGGAGGCUGACAAUGAAAGUGGAUCUGCUGAUCUUUGGCCAUGCUGCACCUCAGCAGAUCCUGCUUUAGCUGCAGCACAGCGUCCUCCUGCAAAGCCAGACGCUGCUGCAGGGCAUCCUAAUGAGAGAGGGAGAUGAGGAUCAAAGUGGAGGAAGAUCAUCUGCCUCCACCUGCUUUGACAGCAUCCACACACUCUGCUCUAUUUUAAUGCAUUUAUGUUUGUCUUUUUUCUAUUCGGAAAGAAUAAAAAAAAAUUGUUGUGUAAAUUA